UCUAAUUUCUUUUUGUUACUCCUCGAAUCAUUAGAUUCUCACAAACAACGAACUAGCUCCCAAGCCUAAGCUUUUCUUUCCUUAUAAUUGUUCUUGGCUUUCUCUCUAUAAAUAAUGCAAAUGACUGAGAGAGGCCGAGCCAUGUGGCGCACGUGCUUAGCCUCAGCUUUCCGUACAGCUCUAGCUUGCACAAUCGUUGGUGCGGCUACACUCUACGGACCUGAAUGGAUCCUCGGCUACGUGGCAUUCCCGGCAUUUUCUUACGUCACGAUCAUUCUCAUCAUCACCGAUGCUACGCUCGGCGACACGCUACGUGGCUGCUGGCUAGCUCUUUACGCCACAUGUCAGAGCGUUGCCCCCGCUAUCAUUACACUAAGGCUUAUAGGACCAGCUCGGCUCACUGCCGGAACUACUGCUCUAGCCGCGGCUCUAGCAGCGUUUGUGGUGGUGCUACCAAAUGGUUCGACCCAUCUGGUGGCUAAGCGGAUUGCACUUGGCCAGAUUGUUCUUAUUUAUGUUAUUGGUUAUAUAAAUGGAGCCGAGACCGAUCCAGUCAUGCACCCUCUUCGAGUCGCAGCUAGCACUGCGCUUGGUGUUAUCGCUUGCGUUCUUGCACUUCUCGUUCCACUUCCCCGUUUAGCUACUUGCGAGGUGAAACAAAGCUGCAAAGAUAUUGGUCAAAAUGUAACAACGCGAGUGAAGUUGUACAUGAAAGCUUUUUGUGCGGAGGAUGCCAUGACAGCAAUGGCUUCGGUCUCACAGGCUCGAGAGUUGUCUCGUAUUUCCUCCAAGCUUUAUCAAACCAUCAAACGUUACCAACCUAGCAUGAAAUGGGAGAGGCUUCCAUUUAAGAUAUGGAGAUGGCAAAACGUGAACGAUAACAAAGGAGAGAAACUACAAAGCAUGGAGAUUGCUCUUAGAGGAAUGGACAUGGUACUAGCAAGCAAGACUCCUAUUCCUGCGAGCUUGCUUGAGGGAGAAGUAAAAGACGGUCUCAAGAACAUACAAGAACGUGUGAUUCUCUCCAUCAAACGAGUAAACAACAUACCCCAGCCGUCAGUGACUCCUGAAACCGAACUACAAAAACCGGAUGAGUGCCUCCAAACACUUCAGGAAGUUCCGGAAACAUCUCAAGAUUUGCCCUUUUACUUCUUCUUGUUCUGCCUCAGGCUCCUCGAAACCAUCUCAGUGGCUAAACCGGAGGAGACCAAAGUAAAACCGGAGGAGAACAAGGGCUCAGUCAGAACCAAGGGUAGGUCUUGGUCUUGGUCUUGGUCUUGGUUUAGUGAUUGGGACAGCAAGAAGGUUAUGCCGGCUACGAAGCUAUCGCUUUCGCUAGGUUUAGCGAUUUUCCUAGGGUCAUUGUAUAGUAAACCAAACGGCUAUUGGGCUGGUUUACCGGUAGCGAUCAGCUUCGCGGCAGCAAGAGAGGCGACGUUUAAAGUGGCGAAUGUUAAGGCACAAGGGACCGUGAUAGGGACAGUGUAUGGAGUGAUGGGUUGUUUUGUGUUCCAGCGGUUCUUGACGGUUAGGUUCCUUUCUUUACUUCCAUGGUUUAUCUUCUCUAGCUUCUUGAGCAAGAGCCGGAUGUACGGACAAGCCGGAGGGAUAUCGGCAGCGAUCGGAGCCGUAUUGAUUCUAGGGAGGAAGAAUUUCGGAAAGCCAAGGGACUUUGCUAUCGACAGAAUCAUCGAGACUUUUAUAGGGUUGGCUUGUUCCAUCAUGGUGGAGCUUAUCUUGCAGCCCACGCGAGCCGCUAACGUCGCGAAAAUCGAGCUCUCUCGAAGCUUCCAUGCUUUGUACGAGUGUGCAAGCUUGUUUGGAGCUAAAGCGAGCAAAGCAGAGAUUAUGGAGAGUCAAAAGAAGCUGAGAAGCCAUCUGAACUUGGUCAAGAAGUUUACUGAAGAAGCACAAGCAGAGCCGAGCUUCUGGUUUACGCCUUUUAAGGCUUCUUGCUACGAGAAGCUGUUCAAAUCAUUGUCUAAGUUGGCUGAUCUGUUGCAAUUCAGCGGUUACGCGAUAGGGUUUCUUGAGGAACAAGGAAGAUGGAAAUCACCAGAGUGCAAGGAGAUUGUUAGCGACAUAGACAACGAUCUCAAGAGUCUGACACAAAGUAUAAGUCUUCUAGCCAAAUCUUUCGAGGAGAUCACUCUUCUCAAAUCGCUCGACGCCCUCGAAAAGGCGCUCACCAAGAACGGUAACACUUCAUGGGAUAUUGAGUUGGGGAAGACACCAAACCCUAGUUUCUCAAAUCCCGAGAGCGAGCCAGGGAAGAUUAUAAACACGUAUCUCCAGCAUUGCAGAGGAGUUGCGGAUGGUAUAUUCCGUGGGGGGCAAGAAGGAGAAGAGAUUGAAGUGGACAAAAGUGAGGUUGUGUUGAGUUUGAGUGCAUUAGGGUUUUGUGUGGAGAAAAUGGGGAAAGAGACAAGAGAGAUUGAAGAGAUGGUGAAAGAAGUUGUGCAAUCAGAGAAUCCUUCAAGCCACGUUAACUUGCAUGAGAUCUCUUGCAAAAUACGUUCUUUAUACAAAUAAAUGUAAUUUCUAUUGAUAACACAAAUGGCGUGUGCAAGAAGGAAACUUUGGUGUUUUUAUGGUUACCUUCUUUUUUUUUUCGUUUUUCUUUUUUUCUUGCUAAUAAGGUUGUGUGGGGUUCACCGGUUAUACUAAUAACGAUACCAAUUGUGUGAAGACUAA